AUGGGCUUUUUGGAUUUGAAGAAGGCAAUUAAGAAAAUCGAUCAGUCUUUGAAGGAUAAUAGAGAUUCAAAAACUCAAUCGCAACCAAAGAGUUACGAUAGACCAAGAGCCGAGAUACCUGCUCAAAAAAAGUCGGUACAAACAAAUUUCAAUAUUGAUGGUGGAAUAUUCGAAACUCCCAUUUCCACUGAUGAACCUCCAUCAAUUUUCAAGAGAUCAGCACAUCACCAGCCUCCUGUUGGGUGUAAAUUUGGGGGGAACGAAGAGGCAAUUCAUACCAAUAAUUUCUAUAACAACCUUACCUUGGAAGAUCAAACAUUCCCAGUAUGGACUCAACCAUAUUCGCUUUGGCUAAGCAAGGACCCAGGACAAGAAGUCGGAUUUGCUUUUAAUCAUACUGAAGCUUCACAAAGGGUAUUUGGCCCAGAAGCGGAUGCAAAUCCCGCCCAAUUUUAUUUCAAUCCACCUAGGAUCAAAUCAUUUGUCCUUGGUGGGGAAAAUUUCAAUGAGAAUAAUGUUAGGUUAACUUUGGAUAAUCAUGAAAAGCUUUCUGUUACCUCCAGAAUGAUUUUUAAUGAUGAUCCAAAUUCCAACGUUACUAUUCCCUUGACGCAUGGUAUGGGUUUUAUUACAGCAGUGUAUAAUAAUAUCAAAGCUGAAAUCUCCUCUCAAGUUGGAGUGCAACAUUUCGAGAGAGUAGGACAAGUUGGAACAGGAGGCACCAUCAAGUAUAAAGUCCAAUUGUUCAAUCAGGUUUUGUGGUCCAUGUUUGUGACUGGCAAUGCUGACUUUUCAUUUAAGGAUAAUAAGAUUGUUGCUAAUACUGUUUGUAACAACGUUAUCGUUCAAUUCUGCCGUGGUGAUUCUAAACACUAUGAUGACUCAUCUGGCUGUUUCCCUGUUUCCUGUAAAUUAUCGGGAAGGAUCACUUCACAGGAUGGGAAGAGAUGCCAAUAUUCGUUUAAUUAUGAUAUACAAGGUAAUUCAAAAAGUGGUUCAACAAUUGUGUGGUGCUUACCUCAUCAUCAAGAGGUAUUGGUGGAUGAGGUUAAGAAGUCAGAUACCGGUCUUCAGCUAGAUUCCACCACUAAAGGUAUUAUGAGAGCCUAUGCAACUAACAAACUCGUAAUGGAAGAGUUUGAUUUACCAACUGAAAUCAUGUGGGAACCCUGGUCAACAGUAUCAACUUACAAAGGAUCUCCUAAAUACAAUAAUGAAGCCCUAGAUUUGAUCCAAAAGGUCGCCGAAGCCGAAGUUCAACAAGAUGUUUAUGGAAUGUCAAAUAUAGAUUCCAUGUACACUUCUGGUAAGGUUUUAGAUAAAUUCGCCUACAUUGCUUAUGUGUGCCAUUUCAUAUUAAAAGAUGACGAACUAACAGCUAAAAUCUUUCCACAGAUUACCAAGGCUAUUGAAAUCUUCUCUUCCAACAAGCAAAAGUUCCCUUUGAUUUAUGACACUUCGUGGAAAGGUUUGAUUUCCUCGGCUGAGCCAGGAGCUGAUUUUGGGAAUGCCAACUAUAAUGAUCAUCACUUCCAUUAUGGCUAUCACAUACAUGCAGUGGCUUUGGUCGCACAAGUGGACAAAUCCUACAACAAUGGGGAGUGGUUCAAACAUUCGAAUGUUCGUGACUAUGUUACUACUUUGAUAAGAGAUGUUGCUAAUCCAUCAACCAAAGAUAGAUUUUUUCCGCAAUCUAGGUCCUUUGAUUGGUUCCAUGGCCAUUCGUUUGCUCAUGGAAUCUUUGCUUCAGGGGAUGGGAAGGACGAAGAAUCAUCUUCUGAAGACUACCAUUUCGCAUACGGUAUGAAACUUUAUGCUCAUAUUAUUGGGGAUAAAGAUAUGGAGGCUAGAUCUAAUUUGAUGCUUGCCAUAAUGAAGAGGUCCAUGAAUAUGUAUAUGUUAUUCAGUGAUGAUAACACUGUGCAACCAAAAAACUUCAUCCGUAACAAGGUUGCAGGAAUUUCAUUCGAAAAUAAACUCGAUUUUGCAACGUAUUUUGGGAGAGGUACUAUUGGUAACGAGUGGAUUCAUGGUAUUCAUAUGUUACCAAUAACUCCUAUUUCCUCUUAUAUUAGACUUGAGAAGUUCGUUAAGGAAGAAUGGAACCAAAUCUUGGAACCAAUAGUUGACCAAAUCCCGGAUGGCUGGAAAGGGAUAUUGAUGUUGAAUUUGGCCUUGUUUGACCCCAAAAAAUCGUGGAAAUGGUUUUCAAGAGAAGAUUGGAACGAUGCUCAAAUUGAUAAUGGAAUGUCCCGGACUUGGUCUUUGGCUUACAUUGCUGGAGUAGGUGGUAUUUAG